AUGAGUCUCAUCUCCAAACUGCCGACGGAGCUGGUGGAAGAAAUUGCUCGGCAUAUGGACAAAUGUGUUCUGAAAAAUUUCGGGAGCGUUUGCUGGAGAUUCCGCUCCAUUGUCGAACCGAGAUUAUACGAAACGAUCGGCUUGAACAACCCGGAAACAUCUUACCGUGAGGUAUUGAAAUUGCUGAUAGCCAUCGAUAAACGGCCCCAGAUGGUUUCUCGCACGGAAGUAGUAACCAUAUCCGAGCCAGACGAAGGCGCACAUGAGAGGGAGCUUGUUCAAGCUGCUAAAUUGGAUCCGAAGGUCACCGUGAAUGAAGUUAUCCCACACCUGCUGUCCAAAUUACCCAUUCUCCACUCCUUUCGUAUCCGCUCUCACCAAUAUUCAGCUUGUAUUAGAUGUGAAUUCGGCAUACCUUUCGACUUCUCCAACCUAAGAAAGAUUGUAAACAUUCAGUUGCCAUGGUAUUCCCUAUCUUCAACACCAGGUUUACCUCCGACACUAGCACACCUCGAUUUGGACGGAGCUGGUUGGGUCGACGGGGAUUAUAUGGAAAAUUUGCUGGUCAAUUGUGUCAAACAGAAGCAUGUUGAGGGCCCAGACGCAGGUGGACUAAAAAUCAUCACCAUCGACGUUAUUUUGUGGCGUCGAAAGGAGUUGGAAACUAUCUGCAAAAAUAAAGGGAUACAGCUGGAACUGAGUUGGGGUCCUCUCCAAAGCACUUAUGAUGUAGUGUACGGAAGAGGGGACGUUGAGCCUUGGGACGGCAAUGUAGAUAACUUCUAA